UCUCCCUAACUACUUCAAAGUAGAAAAACCCAUUUCCCCUCACCGGAAAAUCCCCAUUGGAAAAUCCCCACCAAAAUCCCAUUUCUCCUCCUUCUUCUAUCUGCACAACGCAACGAAGCGGCAUAGGUCUAUGAAGCUGAACAAAGUGGCAAUAUCGAAGGGAGUGAAGCGGAGGGUAUUCCGGCCACGGGACUUGACAAUAACUUUGGAUUCUUGAAGCAUUUUGGGAGCAAGUACAAGCUCGGGGAGGAGCUUGGGAGAGGCCAUUUUGGUUAUACUUGCUCAGCCAAGUUCAAGAAAGGGGAACUCAAAGGACAAUAAGUUGCUGUUAAGGUUAUAUCCAAAGCGAAGGAGAACAAAGAAUAUGGUAAAUUUGAGCAUCAUGGAUUAGAAAACACAGUAGAGUUACAGCAAAUGUUUGACACAAUAGUAGUCACCGGUGAAACUGCAUGGACUCCAGUUGUUGAGCCUAUUCCUCCAGAACAACAAAAUGUGGGGUUUGAAGAUGCUAUUGAUUUGGAAGAAGGAAAUGGUGAUUCUGAUGAGGUGAAUGUCAUGCCAACACAAACCGGUGGAAUCAAUGAAAAAAAGAAGAAAAACACAAUUGGUCCUUCACUUACCAGCAAAGGAAAGAAAGUGAAAUUAAGGGGUGUAGCAUACGUGCAGAGACAAUUGAAUCGUCUUUGUGAUGCAGUUGAAAGUUAUACCAUAACUAGUUUGAGUGAAUCAUCAAAGACGAAUUAUGAAGCACAUGUUGAUAGCACUGAAGAAUGUAUGGAGAUGUUGUUAACUUUACCUGAAGUUGAAGAUGGAAAUGAGCUUUUUAUGUUAGCAAGAGUCAAAAAGGGACAAGAUAAGGUUUGAGGUGGAGAAGGAGAGAUUCAGUAGUAGAAAGCAUUACUAGGAUGUUUGUAUUUGACUUUUUAGUAUUAAGACAUUCGUAAUACUUGUAUUUGAGAUACAAAACUGUUUACUUUUUUAUUUUGUAUUUUCGUUAUAUGUGGACUAAUAUUAUGAAUUUAUGUCUUUUUCGUAAUGUUGUUGCUUAUAAAUUGGACUGGUGGUU